AUGGACAUCUCCAUCGAGCUCGGCGCGCCGCCGUCGGACGACGACGCCAGCGACGCGGGCCUCGUGGACGCGCGACGGCCCGGCGCCGCCGCCGCGGCGGCGCCGCCGGACGCGCGCGCCGCGGCGGCGCGCCUCGCCGAGGCCUACGCGCGCUGCCCCGCGGCGUCGUCGCUCGUCUUCUCGCGCGUGACGGUGCGGAUCGCGCACCGGGCGCUCCUCGCGUCCGUCGGCGGCCGGGCCGCCGCGGGCGCGGUCCUCGGCGUCCUGGGCCCGAGCGGCGCGGGCAAGACGACGCUGCUCAACACGCUGUCGGGCCGCGCGCCGCGCGGCGGCGCGGCGUCGGGCGCCGUGGCCCUGCGCGGCCGGCGGCUCACGGCAGGCGCGUUCCGCGCCGAGGGCUACCUCGUCGCCCAGGACGACGCCCUCUGGCCGUCGCUCACGGCCCGCGAGACGCUCGACUUCGCCGCGGCGCUCUUCGGCGCGGGCGGCGGCGCCGUCGACGACGCGCUGGCGAGCCUGGGCCUGGGGCGCGUCGCGGACGCGCGCGUCGGCGCGCUCAGCGGCGGCGAGCGGCGCCGCGUCGCCGUCGGCCGGGCCCUCGCGAAGGCGCCCGCGCUCCUGCUCCUCGACGAGCCGACGUCGGGCCUCGACGCCGCGUCCGCGCUGCGGCUCGCGGCGCGGCUUGCGGCCCUGGCCGCGAAGCGGCGCGCGGUGCUCGUCGCGACGCUGCACCAGCCCUCGAGCCGCGUCUUCGCGACGUGCGCGUCGUGCCUCGUCCUCGCGCGCGGCCGCGUCGCGUUCUGGGGCCCGACGGGCGGCCUCGAGCCCCACGUCCGUUCGCUGGGCCUCGGCCUCGCGGCGCCGGCGCCCGCGGAGCUCGCGCUCGACGCCCUCGACGCGCACGUCGCCGGGGAGGCCGGCGUCGCGACGGUCCUCGACGCGUGGGCCGCCGCGGAGGCGGCCGCGCCGCCGCCGCCGCCGGGCCCGCCGCCGGGUCCGACGGAACAACGGGCGCCCGUGCCGCGGGCCACCGCGGUCGCCGCGCUGCUCCGGCGCCAGGCGCUUCUCGCCGCCCGCGGCGCCGCGGGCGCGCGCGGCGCCGCGGCCGCGACGCUCGGCGCCAACGCCGUCGCGGCGCUCGUCUUCUGGCGGUCGCGCGCCGACGGCCGGAACGUCCGCGCCCAAUCCGCCGUCGUGACGCGCGCGUGGUGCGUGGCCUUUCUCGCGUCCCUGCCGGCCGUCGUCCAGCUCCUCGCGUGCCACGCCUACGCGUCGGAGCAGGCCAGGGUCGCGCGCGACGUCCGCAACGGCGCGCACGGCGCCGCGGACUACGUCUUCGCGACGGCGGCGGUCGCGGCGCCGAACGCCGUCGUCGCCGCGGUCGCGGGGCUCGCGGUGCCCUACUACGGCCUCGCGGGCGGCGGGGCGAGCCCCGCCGUCCUGGUGCCCUUCUUCGCGCUCGGCAUGCUCGCCUGGGAGGCCGCGGCGGGCGCGUGCGCGGCGGCCGCGGGCGAGCCGGCCGUCGCCGUCGCGGCCUACGUCGUCUACACGGUCGCGGGCCUCAUGUUCGGCGGCGUCGUCGUCGGCGCCGGGGACCUCGUCGGCCCGCUCGUGCUCGGCCACUACGCGACGCCCUACACGUUCAUGAUCCCGAGCAUGGUGAGGCGCGACGCGCUCGCCGUCUCCGCCUACGAGGCCUGCGCGGACGCGGGCGGCGGCCGCGUCUGCUUCUGCGACGACUUCGACCGGCCCUGCGGCGGCGCGACGGCGCUCGCGCGGCUGACCAGCGUCAUGCCCGUCGUCGGCCCGCGGAACCGCGAGGGCGCGCACGCGGCGGCGCUCCUCGCGCUCUGGGCUCUCGGCAAGGCCGCGCACGCGGCCCUGCUCCACCGCCGGACGGCGCCGACGGCCCGCGCGGAGCUCAGGCCGCCGCCCCUCUCGCGCGACGCGGGCCUGUGCUAG